GGAUGAUUUCUCCUCAGUGUUAUCCUCCUCCUGGACUCUUUCUCCUCGUAGGCUGUGAAGAAAGGAAACCGCCAUCAUGUCUGACAAGAAGAUGAACACGAGCCGCAGGCAUCAUCUGAAGAGUUUGAUACUGUCCAUAGCGGCCAAGUGGAUCGACGAGGAAGUGAAAGAGAUCAUAGCAGCCAAGGUGGCGUACAUGUCCGAAAACUGUCCGAAACCGAGUCUGAGCGGAGAUCAGGCCGCCCUCAUGGAAGCCUGCAAAAAGAUGCACUCCCUCAUCGAUAAAAUGGAUGAAGAGCGGUACGACCUGGAAGGCAAAGUUGGCAAAGCCGACAAAGAGAUUGAAGACCUGAGGAUCAAAAUGGUGGAUGUGGGCGGCGUGAAGAAGCCCGCUCUGAAGAAAGUCCGUAUGUCUGCAGACGCCAUGUUGAAGGCUCUUCUGGGCUCAAAACACACCGUGAACAUGGACCUGAGAGCAGGUCUGAAGCAGGUCAAGAAGGAGGUCAAAGAGGAGCCUGCAGAGGCUGCGGGUGACUGGCGUAAGAACAUCGAGGAUAAGGCCGACAGGAAGAAGAUGUUCGAGACCACCUAAAGACUUUUUAAGGAACUUUUAAUUGGAUUUUGAAGUUUUUGUUUCAUUAAAACUGUCAGUUUCA